UACUGAAAAAAAUGUUGAAGUGUUGAAUACUUAAUAUUGGUAAUUCUUGUUGGAAAUGUGCACGUACCCAUUUUAACAGGGGCCAUUCUGAUUCGCCCUCAUCCAAACUGUAACAAUUUGGAGAGUUUUAGACUUUACAAAGUUGUUUCCUACCAAGGAGUUUGAGCUGCGAGUUCAGAAAUGAACGGCCGCUUCAAACUCGGGUUUUUAGCACAAACUGCAAACGCUUCAUGCAGAAAAGAUUUAUGACUUUUUGUUUCACAAAAACAUAUCAUGUCACAUUCUGACUGCUCUUGGCAGGGAGUCAUUCCAAGGUAACAGGACAGUUUUGCUCAGAAUCACCUGCAGACAACAGCGAUCCAGUGGUCGGUAAAAACAGCAUUACAGUAAAGUGGUUUGUCAAACACUCUAAAUACAUGAUGGCAGGUCAGAACAAACAUGACAGUAAAAAGAACAUUUCUUAAAGCCGGACUCUAAAACUUUCAACCAAAAUCGGGAAUAGACUCAACUGUGAAGACUGAAGUUUAUUGAGGCAAAAAUCAACUUAAAUUUAUUGAGACGCAAAUUCAACUAGUUUAAACCGCAUCGUAAAUUAACAUUUUGUUGGAUACUGUUGAUAUUGCUUAUUAUUAAUAUUAGUACAAUAACUAAAUUCAUCACAUUAAUGGCUUCUGCUGCACUACAUGGAAUACAUUUAGACCAUAUUCAAUAUUUGUGGCAGAUUUUGAAAGAAAACUGCUCUGGCUUGCUUCCUCUUUGAAUCCUCUUUUGACAUAAAUACUUGAUAGUGUGUGUUCAUAUGCCACUUCCGUUUCUUCAGAAAGUGUCGACUGUUCAGCAAGUUUAUGAUCCUUCCCAUAAAUGAAACCCCCGACUGCUUCAGAGGACAGCAACGAGCAAUAAGAAGUCAUUUUUUUAUAGAGGCAAAUCAACACAAGCAAAAUGACUUCACUCCACUUUGCAAUAUUCUGUGUUUUCUUCGGACCCAGCAGCUGUCAAAUUAAUUGCAUCCCAGAAACUGUUGAUGAGACAAAGUUUUCAGUCAACGUAACGGAGCACAUUAGAGUGGAGUCUAUCGACUGCAUCGUAAUCCCACACAAGGUGACAUUUCCACGAGACAAAGUGGUAACCCCGUACAAAAAGAUGUUAUUUCAGGGCGAUCCAUCAAAUGUCGUUGAUAAAAAAGUUGUCUACGAUUCUGACAAAGAAGAUUCAUUCAGGAUAAAAAAUCUUCCAUGUGGAGAAUAUGAUUAUGGCUUUAAACUGGAAUGGGGGUGUAAUCAAACUUACACUUUCCCAAAGAGAGUCCACGUCUCUGUUUUACCAUUAGCAACUAAGCCGACUGUGUUGGUUCCUCUUUUGACGGUGGAACGCUCUGAGCUGAUCUGCAGCGUUCCCCAGCCGUGCUCACAAGGACUCCGAGUUUACUGGAAAUGGACGAAGGCCGACGGACAAUCUGCGGUACUCAGCGACUAUCGCUACGGGAAACUUGAUCAGUGGUUCUUUGGAUACAAAGACACUUUGCGCAUUAAUCCCACAGCACAUCAUCACAACACCAACAUCACAUGUGUGGCCGAAUAUGACAACGACCUCACGGAAGCAACGGUCACUUUGAACGUGAAAUUUAAACCUAAGAUCUCGAAUGACUCCCACUGCCUGGUUAAAGGCGAGCUGCUGGUCUGCGUGUGCGUCAGUUGGGGCAAUCCUCUGCCGCCGAUCUCUUGGCCUUUGGAAAACCUCACGGCUUUCUCGGUGACUAGCUUGAGGAUUGCUCAGACAGUACGAAGCACUUUCACAGUGCCUGCGUCGGAAUACCAUAACGCCACUGUAAAAUGCACCAGCAGCAAUGAACGCGGUCUGGCUGAAACCUCAAUUGUAAUUCAUAACUCUGAAGAGAGAGCGGAGCCAAACAGCCAAACUGAUUCCUCCAGCUGUUCCAGGCAGAAGGAAGGGGAUGGAUUCAGCUCUUCCCUGGAUAGCUGGGCUGAGUUUCUCUCUUAACCUGGCCUUCAUUACCGCCUUGAUUAUCCACAUUUGUCAAAGAAGGAUUAAUAAGCAGAAGGAACAGAGCAAAGAGAGCAACACUUACAUGUCUCUGAAAAAGGCAGACGUUGAGGAAGAAUACAGCGUCAUUUCCGCAAAACCCAAACGAAACCCGCAAGUGUGAAGCGCUGCCCUGUUUGCUACCGAGAUAAGAAAAUGCAAAACAAAAAUGUACAGCAGAUAAAUAUUCUAUCAAUAGUUACAGAGCCUUUCAGUAAUAGUCACAUUUAUGCAAUUUACAUGUUACAACCAGUUUUCUGUGUGUUCUAUGAGGGUUGUAUGUGAUAGACCACAAAAAAUUAAAUAAAAAGGAAGUGACACGUGUAAUAAAUUCAAAUCUACAAAGUGUGAUGCGCAUUUUUAUUCAGUUCCUUUUACUCUGAUGCUCCUAAAUGAAAUCCUGUCAAACAAACAGUCUUCAAGAGAUCAAGAGAUGUUUCAAGUCAGACUGUUUGUAAUUUCUUUGGAGCACCAGGCCUGACUCCAUGGCAGCAGCACAGGUUUGUUGGAGAGCAUUAGGGAACAAACCAAGGAACACAGCAGAUGGGUCAGAGAAAAAGUUGCGUAGAAGUUUAAUGCAGGGUUGGGUUACCAGGAUCAGAAUUUAUUGGUUAAAUAUUGUGUGUACAAAUUUGACUUCUGUCACAAGAGCAGACAGCGUACAAAGAAUAAAUAUAUAAACUCCACAGAAAAUAAAGAAUAAAAACAAUGCAUAUUAUCACCUUAUAGAAAGAUGUUCAAUACAUCGUCUAAUCUUACUAAACAGCUGCAAACAUAUCAAGACAUGCAACUGGAAAGCUGUUGUUGGAAUAUUAACUGAAUAUUAAUAUUCCUUUUUGCACUCUGCCACAUCGAGUGGAAGAGCGAAACUUCACAGAACAGCGCAAUUACGAAUCAGAGCCACUUUCAGUCUGUCAAAGUUGCAUUUAUGAGUUUGCGGAGCAGUUAAAUAAUUCAAAAGCUAUACAUUUGUGCUGGCAGAUAAGCUGGUAGCUUGUCUCUCAAAAACCAUAAAAACUGUGAGCGAGUGGAAAGGACGGCGCAGCGCCCUGAACACACCACAAUCUACCUGCCCUCCACUCUCCACCUGCAGGUGUCUUGUUGCCGUUUUGGCUCUCAACAGUCUCCAUACAUUAGGAGUGCUUUUGCAAGGCAACGUAAGUGAGUUUCUUCUAAAUAAUAUUAGCAUCCAUUUUUGUGUACACCUCUAGUUUUGGCAGAUUUAGUCAAGUCAGAAAGUGGUUAAGAAAAGCGCCUAAACUUAAUUCAAAUGUCAAAAUAUAACAAUCUCCGUUAAGAAAAAUGUCAACUUUUAAACUGGAAGGAAACACUCAGUGGACACUGAUUGGUAUUAAACUCGUUCGCACCCAUUGAGCUCGCUGCUGCUGUACAUUCACAUAAAUACUGACUCAGCUUAUUGCUUUAGUUGAGUAAUUUACUAAUGAAUUUUGCAUAAAACAUAUCAUGUGCGGACGUUUUCUCUCUCAACCGUGAAAAGAAAUAUGCUUGAGAAUAAGAUACUGUGUCCUUACAAUGAAUUUAAUGCAACAGGUCAAUUGAUAAAGUGAAUUAUGGGUAAAAAUAACAGUAUGAUGGCUACUUCACAUGUUUUACGCAAAAGUGAAUAAAUAUUGAGACCUUAAUUAUAAUGAAUAGUAUUACAAGUGAGGAACUGUUGAGCUGCUGUAAGAGUUCACAUCUUUUUUUUCUCAGAUCGGAUCUUCUUAUUUCCCUCUCAGUGCCUCAUGUUAUACUUUUAUUUCACAUUGCCAUUGUGUAACAUAACCAUGGCAUAAUAUUCAUUCUGUAAUCUGUAGUUAAUUUUACUGGUGUAAACUACUGUGAAUAAAGUCUAUGUCUGCACAUUUCUUUACGUUUUCUCAUCCAUGAUGCUGUCACUUUAAACAUGCAACCACAAACCUCAAUGAAUUUCAUUUUAGGGUUUAUGUGAUAAAUGAACACAAAACAUAAGAAAAACCACUCACAGCCUUUACUGUUUUUACAUGGAAAGAUCUGAAAAGUGUGGCAUGCAUUUAUUGGAACUUGCAAUUGUAAGACUUUGUUUAUGUCUUUGUUUACGUUGCCUUUUUUGCUGAUUGAUUUUUUUUAUUUCUUCAUUCCUCUUUGGACAAACAGCUCAAGCCGAGCCGAAUCGAGAGGAGAUAACUGCAAACCAAAACAUUCAAGUCUUUCCCCAGGCUCAAAGUUAGAUUUAGGUCUGAACUUUGACUGGACCGAUAAAGCAAAACGGUCCAGUUUUAAAGCAUGUCAUGAACUCUCUUUGAUCAAAUCUAUUUUAUUGUAGCUCUUACAUGUUUGGAGAUAUUGUCCUGCUUUCGCAAGUAUUUUUUAGAUAAAAAAGGAACUGAAACCUUUCAGUGACUUAUAAAGAACAUACCUUUUUCUUCUCGAGAGAAAGACCUUCCCCUUUUUCAUAAAUACAGGCAGUCCAGGAUUUCGCAGCUUGUUGCUCUAUUAGUUCUCUUCCUAGUAAUACGGCUUCAGAAGACAAAACAAAAUUCAUUAAGAGAUGAUUAAGAUCAUUGUGGUGCAUUAGAUCCACAUGCUGCAUGUCUACAUUUUAAACUGGAAUUACUUUUUGGAGAAUUAAUUUGACUUUUUUUUUUUUUUUUUACUACUUUCAAAUAGUUUUACCAAGACAGGAAAAUGGCUUUGACCUUUUUUGUAAUUUUCUGGAUUCUUCUACGAAGCACCAGCUGCCAGUUUCAGUGUAUCCCCGAAACUCUUGAUGACUCGGAUUUUUACAUUAAUGUAACGGAGCACAUUGCAGUGAGGUUCACCAACUGUAUUCAGAUCCCACAUGAAGUGACUUUUCCACGAGACAAAGUGACAGUCCCGUACAAGAAGAUGUUAUUUAAAGGAGAUCCUUCAAAUGUUGUUGAUACAAAAGUUGUCGAUAACGUGAAUGAUGGCGCAAAGGAUACUUUCUCAAUAACUACGCUUCCACCUGGAGAACACAAGUACGGCGUCAAACUUGAAUGGGGAUGCAAUCAGACGUAUGUUUUCCCUAAAAGGAUUCACAUUUCCGCGUUAACAACUAAACCAACUGUUCUGGCUUCUUUGAUGGAGGAAAGACAGCAGACACGACUGACCUGCUUGGCUCCUACGCCAUGCACUGGUGAAGUGUUUUUCUUAUGGAAAUGGACAAAUGCUGAUGGACAAUCUAGAAUGAUGGACAGUGACCUCGACGAUUACAAUUACAUGCGGUGGCAUGUAAGAUUUGGAUCUAGACAUAGAGGCAGAUAUGGUAUGAAAUACAGAGGUGGAAAUUAUUUACCUUUUCUUCCAACGGCGGAUCAUCACAACACCAACAUCACAUGCAUAGCAACAUACGACCACGAUGUUGCUGAGACAACUGUCACCUUGACUGUGAAAUUCUCACCCAGAAUCCUGAACAGCUCUCAUUGCACAGUUAAAGGGGAGCUGCUGCUCUGUGUGUGCAUCAGCUGGGGCAAUCCUCUGUCACCGAUCUUCUGGCCUUCGGAAACCCUCACAGAUUACUCGGUGACCAGUUUUAGCAAUGCUCAGAGAGUAAGCAGCACCCUCACCAUGCCUGCAGCUAAAUAUCACAACGCCACCGUUAAUUGCAUGAGCAGAAAUGAACUCGGUCAGGCGGAAAGUGCGAUCCUGAUUCAAAACUCCACAGAGCACGACGGGGUGAACUCUCUUCCAGAAUCAAGCGAAGGGUUUUGCUCAGCUCUUCCCUGGCUAACAGGACUGUGUUUCACUCUGAACCUUGUUUUUGUGGCUGUCUUCAUCUGUAUUUACCUACGGAGCAGAAAACAGCAGAAGGAAUCGCGUGAAGAAGCAGACACCUACGCGACUUUGAGAAAAGCAGAUAUGGAUGAAGCGUACAGCACUAUUUCCCCACAAAGGAAAUAGAUGAAGUAUGCAAGUCACAAUUUAGCCCUGUGAAUAGCAGGAAGUAACGUGUCAUGUUUUGUUUUUGUUUUUAAAGUACAUACCAUGUAUUUAAAAAAUGCUGUUUAAAUUAUGCGUUUUAGUGACCUACCGCCCAAUAUGCCUCAUUUUGCCAAAUAUGUUUAUGAUAGCCUUAAAUAUGAGGUGAGAAGCUCUUUAUGGGAACCCCGAAAAGAGCUGCUACUAAUUCAUGUAAAAAGGAGGAAGAGGAACUUUGUCAGGCAUCUGAUAAGGAUGCUUGAAUCACACUGAGUGUUUACUGAUUGGUUGUUUCUAGUUAGCCCUGGGAGCAAUGGGAGAAGGCAGAAGAGCUCGAUUUUUUUUCACAGUUUGUCUGUCUCAUACUAUACUGUGACGACAUAGUGACAGGUUCAAGAAAUAUAGAGAAACAUGUUUUUUUAAAAGUCACAUAUCUGAACAUUUAACGCUUGGCCAUCUUGCUUCAUUGCUUUCUGUAAUACUCUGUGAUUACCAAAUUUAAAUGUCAAGAUGAAACACAGCUAUGGGACUUAAGAUGAUAAAAUUAAUCAGAUAUUCAUGACAACGCACCCUAAUUUGGUUAAAGACUCUUUUCUGUGGUCAGGACUUCCCAUAAUCUGCAGUGUACUCCAUGUGAAUCUGGUGUGAAUAAAGCUGUGUCAGCACAUUU